AACAUUAUAACCAUAGUGUGGAAUUCAGUGAGAGUAUCUAAAACGUAGUAACAUGUCGUGUUGUUUCUCGCUAUCAUGUUUACAGUCAGUUCUUCUUUUAGUGUCCUUAUCUUUGUUUGCCUUCUACAAGUGGGCGACGUCUACAUUUGAUUUCUUCGCAAAAAGGAACAUCCCUUUCGAUGAACCAAUACCUUUACUUGGUAAUCUUGGCGAGAUAGUAUUCCGGAAGGGGACACUAUUCCACAUUAUAAGGAAGUUAUACACAAAGUACAAGAAACAGAGGUAUUUCGGAAGAUUCAAUCUUCGAAGUCCAUUUUUCACUAUAACCGACUUAGAACUCAUCAAACGAAUUGGCGUCAAAGACUUUCUCAACUUUCCGAACCAUUCAAUAAUCAUCGAUCCUGAGGAUGAGCCCCUUUUCGGAAGGUCAUUAUUCAUGCUCAAGGACCAAGAAUGGAAGGAUAUGCGAGCAACCCUCAGUCCAGCCUUCACUGGAAACAAACUGCGACAGAUGCUCCCAUUAAUUUCAAAAUGUUGUCAUAAUGGAUGUGACUACCUGAAGGAAGGAGCGGCCAGAGAUGGCCAAGUUGACAUGGACAUUAACGAGUUUUUCAUCAAAUUCACAAUCGAUAUGAUAGCAACCACUGCUUUCGGUGUGGAGGUCAACUCUCUGAAGGACAAAGAUAACGAAUUCUAUAAGAUCUCGAAAGGAGUAGUACAGAAUUCUUUUCUUACCACAAUGAGGAUGCUCUUGGCUGUGGUUUGCCCGAAGCUAAUGAGGUUCCUUGGAAUUUCCGUAAUUGACAAAAAGCUUACAACCUACUUUCGAAGUUUGGUCCUCGACACCAUCAAGUACCGCGCAGAAAAAGGAAUUAUUCGUCCUGACAUGAUAAAUUUACUAAUGCAGGCACAACAAGGAAAUGUGAACCCAGAAGAACCAGAGCACGACUCUAACCAUGGUUUUGCCGCCGUUGAAGAGUCCCAUUUUGGCUUGAGGUCAGUCAACUGUAAAUGGUCAGAUGAGGACAUUGUCGCACAAUGCUUCCUUUUCUUUGCUGCAGGAUUCGGAACCACGUCUUUAGUUCUGAGCUUCUGUGCAUAUGAAAUCAUGGCGAAUCCUGACGUUCAACGAAAACUGAAUGCCGAAAUCGAUACGACUCGGAAAAACCUCAAUGGCAAACCAAUAAUAUAUGAAGAAUUGCAGAAGAUGAAAUAUUUGGAUAUGGUUAUUUCCGAGGUAUUACGAAAAUGGGCACCGCUUGGCGCAACUGAACGUAUUUGUACCAAAAGUUAUCAAAUUGAGAAUGAAGAUACUGGCGAAACCGUGAAGAUAGAAGCGGGAGACACAAUUGAGUUUCCAAUUGCUGGAUUGCAUUAUGAUCCAGAAUAUUGGUCUGAUCCUGAAAAGUUUGACCCGGAGCGAUUUAAUGAUGAAAACAGACAGAAAAUAAAGUCAUUCACAUACUUGCCUUUUGGAAUCGGUCCCAGGAAUUGCAUAGGUUCCCGUUUUGCACUUAUGGUUAUGAAGACUAUUGUAUACCACCUCCUGUCGGAAUUCACACUGGAAAAAUCAACAAAAACUGAAAUUCCAUUAGUUCUCGCUCCAGCAGGAUUUCAACAUUCAUCGAAGGGAGGUUUCUGGAUGACAGUGAAACCUCGAGAGAUUUAGAGAUAAACAUUGCUUUCCAUGUCGACAAAAUAUUUGAAAUGAAUAAAUUUUUGGAAAAAGUAUUUUUUAACAACAUA